AUGUUUCGGCGCGACGCCUCUGGACCCAUGGACGUCGACUCGGGGCAUCCCCUAGGGCGCGCGGCUGAGUACGCGCUCGACGACGGGCCCGCGAGAAAGCGCCCACACAGCGACCUCGCGAGCGGCGGAUUCGCAGUGCCAUCGCGCACCGCACCAUACAGCUUUGGACCCAACACGCCCUUCCUAUUCCAUGCGCCUCCGCCACCCCCCACCCGACCGUGGGAACCGUACGACCCGAACAAGUGGGCCCGUACCGACUUUGGGAUGGGGACGCAGAGCGCACAUGUAGACGACGUGGACAUGGACGGGGGAGACGCGCCUGGUUCCCCCAUCAGGCUGAAGGAGAAGACGGGGAAGGAGGAUAAGAAGGCCACGGUGGAGAGUGUGAAAGAUCCGGCAUCACCCGAACGUAAGAUGGCGACUGGCGCUGUCACGCGCGCCCGCCGACGGCGCAAGAACAUGACCAGACAGGACGAGGUCGGUCCACGACAUGGCGAACACACGUACAACCUACACAUGGCGCAUGGUACCCGCCACUCGGAGGUACCCUCCAUUCUACUUGGAUAUGUCCAGUUCGUGUUCAACGGCUCGCUUGUGCUUGGCUUCCUGUAUGUCGUUGCGAACUUUGUGCUGGCGGUCCAGCGGGACGUCAAGGAACGCAUCGAGGAGUACUCUGUCGAAUAUCUCCAGGAUAUCUCCGAGUGCUCGCGGUCGUACUUUACGAACCGGUGUGAGGCGGGCACGCGCGUGCCGGCCAUGGAGGUGGCGUGCCAGGGCUGGGAGCUGUGCAUGAACCGCGACCCCAAGGUUGUGGGCCGGGCACGUGUCGGUGCCGAGACGUUUGCGGGCAUCAUCAACAGCUUCUUCGAGACGAUCAGCUGGAAGACGAUGGUGUUCACUGUCGUCUCGCUGACCCUCUUCAUCACGAUCAUCAACUCUGCCCUCUUCAACCUGCGAGCAAAGCAGCGCGACCCCGCCCCGGCAUACUACCCAUACCCGCCGGCACCUUGGAUGCACGGACACGGCGCAGGAAUGCUGCCGCCACCCGAGGAAAGACAAAAGGAGAAGGAUACGGACAAGGGCGUCGCUGGCAAGGCGAUUGCAUGGCUCACGAAGUAG